AUGAUUGACACUUCCUAUGCAGGGGGCGGGACUCAUGUGGAGAGCCGAGGACUGACAGCUGUCAGUCACCAGCAGGGGGGCGGAAUAAUGGCUCCAGAGGGACGAGCUGAGCCAAUCACAGUGCAACUCCACAUGAACUGUUCAUCACAGCUGAAGGGCAGAUCUCCCAGUCCCCGCCCCGGUGCGGAUCCGGACGUGGGUUGUGUUUCCGCGGGUCCCACCCACACGCGCGCGCACAGGCUCACGCACACGCCACGUGCCCGCGCAGCGGCAAGAAGCAACAGCAGCGUCAAAGAGGAGCGCAGAAGACCACGGAAUACCGCGACACACGGGACCUACGGGACCUACGGGACACACGGGGACCGCACCGGGACCUACGGGACACACGGGCACGCCCGUGGACAUACAGGACCACACGGGACUUCGGGCACGCGCACUAUACUGGAGCUGCAGCUCUUCCUGGCGCAGGGCGGUAGAAGUUGUUCCGUCGCGGGAAAUGGACACAAGACCACUGCAGAUUGGUGGAUGAUGCUUCAGUGA